CGCACCUUUGCGUGGAAGUGGACGCUGAAGGCGUGCCGGUCGGGGAUGGGAGCGCUGGGCAGGACGGGGUUGACGAGCAGCCGUCCCACCACUGCGCCGUACGGGAGGGAGGGAGCGCCGCGGCCAGCACAGGGGCGCAUCCGGCGGCCGACGCUGUAAGCUAGCCCGGGCUGAGCGGCUUCGCUAAGCUUUGACGUUCUCCAAAGCCUUGACUUAAAAUGCGAGCCGCCCUCCUCGGCCACCUCUCCGAAGACCGCAGGGCGCCGACGGCGAACCUCCGCAGAAUGUGCUUGGAAGUCACCGCGCCGCGUCGCUGACGUGCCCCCCACGCUUGGAGUGAUGCUCUCGCGAAAGAAAAGCAAAAGCGAAGCGUCGAAGCCGGCCGAGGUCCACGGGAAGUAUGUGAAGAAGGAGACGUCGCCGCUCCUCAGAAAUCUUAUGCCCUCAUUCAUCCGCCAUGGACCCACUAUCCCUAGACGCACAGAGGUCCCGCUGCCAGAGAUGGGGCCGUCCGCCUACCCGGUGGCACCCAGCCGUGAGCCAGUGGUGGCCCGCAACAAGAGUUUCCUCCGCACCCCAGUGCACAGGGCUCCGCACGAGGUGGCACGGCGAGAAAGCCACCGCAUGUCGGCGCCCCCCUACCUUCCCCGCAGCCUGGGAGACCUGCCCCACGAGUAUGGUGGCUCCUCGCAGUCCUUCCUCACAGACGUGAAUCCCAUGUCCGAGAACGGGGACGCCACCCGCUACUACUACCCAUCCGAACCGUACUACGACAACCAGCAGCAGCGUCAGCCCAGGCGGUUGCCGGACCGGUUUCACGAUGACUACAGAUACUAUGAACACAACGAACACAACUUCCAAAGACUACCGCCACAGCACACUCCCCCGGCCCCCAGCAGACCUCCAGCUGGCAUAGGUCGCAUCCAGGCCAAGUCCUUGGGGAACCUCUCCAGCCUGACGGGGGAGGAACUCCCCCUCCCGGCGGGCUGGACUGUGGACUGGACCAUCCGUGGCAGGAAGUACUACAUCGACCACAACACCAACACCACCCACUGGAGCCACCCUCUGGAGAGGGAAGGGCUCCCUCCGGGCUGGGAGAAGGUGGAGUCGGCGGAGUUUGGGGUCUACUAUGUUGACCACAUCAACAAGAGGGCACAGUACCGUCAUCCAUGUGCCCCGAGUGUGCCUCGCUAUGACCAGCCCCCACCGCUACCACCGCCUGUGACCUAUCAGCCCCGGCCCGCUGAGAGGAACCAGCCUGUCUUGGUGCCAGCUAACCCAUACCAUACAGCUGAGAUCCCGGACUGGCUACAAGUGUAUGCCCGUGCCCCGCUCAAGUACGACCACAUCUUGAAAUGGGAGCUGUUCCAGCUGGUUGACCUGGAUACUUACCAGGGCAUGCUGAAGCUGCUCUUCAUGAAGGAGCUGGAGCACAUUGUCAAGUCGUACGAGGCUUACCGGCAGGCCCUUCUGUCAGAGGUGGACGCCCGCAAGCAGCGGCAGCAGUGGUACACCCAGCAAUCCAACAAGAACUUCAUAGGAAACAUGUGACUCUCAACAUGCGGCGGAGACCACACGUUUGUCUGCAUCGGAGCUGUGCCACACCUCCUCUUGGGUUUUCUAUGGUUUUGGGAGAGGUCCGGGUUUCCUUUUGAAGUCGUGAUCGGCUCUUAAUUGCAUCUUCAACAAACACAUCUGUGCCUUUGCUUGAUCCAAAUAUAUCAGCCUGAAAGCCAGAGAGCCCCAAUCGCCUCACGUUGGUGACGUCAGGGGCCCCUUUCAUUCUCGACUGUUGGUCAAACGAUGAACGACCGGGUACAAAAAAAAAACAAAAAACACUCCAAUGAAGAAUAAGGAAAUUGUAAUUUGCUGCAUCUGGAAUGGACAGAAAUGAAAUGACCGUUUGCUGUGCCACUGAGAGCCGCGGUCCUGAAAACUGAAUCCGUGGAUUGAUGCUUUCGUUUUUUUUUUGUUUUUGUUUUUUUUUAAGACAAAAGUUUGAGAGUUUGAGAUUUUGUUUUUUUCUUUUUGGGGGUUUUUUUUUUGGCGGGGAUCUGCUCUUUUUAUUCUAGAACACCUUGUGAUCGUGCCUUUUCAGCAAAAGGGGCUGCGUUUUUGCAAAAAUCCGCUCGUCAUACCUUGUGUAAAAUGGCUUUUCGGUCAUUUUCUCAGCGGGGAGAAAGGUGGGUCGCGUCAACCCAUUCGCUGCCAACUGUAAGUUGCCUCGUGUACACAUACUUUUGCUACGCGCUGUGUAUUCGCAGCCCCCACAAACCAAAAUGGUAUUCCCAACAAAAGUGCGUAUUCCUCUUGAGCGACAUAUCCUCUAUAAGACAAUCCGCUAAAACUGUCAGCUAUUUAAGUUUUGAUAUGAAAUCACGUCUUUUAUUUAAAGACCUUAAUCUCAGCAGAUGAAGCAUCACGUGAUGCGGUGGUUUGAGCACCUCUUGGCUCUCGGCAUUACUGCAAGUCAGGAAUAUUAGGAUUAUGUGUGUAAUUAAACAUAAAUAAGCUACUGGAACUCUUAAGCCACACCCUCAGACUUCAGUUGAUGUGUAAGGUUUUUUUGUCUUUUUUUCUUUCUUUCUUUUUUUUUUUAAGUGCAAUCCAUUUUGUGUCGUUAUUUCCGUUUGUGAAUGUUCUAUGCUUUUUGGUAUGUAAUGCCAUAUUUUCCCGGACUGACACGGCCUACUCUCUGCUUAAAGGGAAGCUUCGGCUCUUCGGAGGCGUAUCCCAUAUCGGUCACUAACCAAGCACUCCUCUUAGAGACAAAAACUCUGCACAUAGGAACUUCCUGAAAUCUGAGGAAUCGGCACCCGUCUUCCGACUCCUACCUGUUGGCAACGCCGGCUCGGAAUAACGUCGAGCUGUAAACGCCCGGCGGCUUCCUACACCUCCACAGCGGUGUUCCCGGUGAGAAUAAGCGGUCAGGGGUGUUUGGAAGGACUUGCACGCAGGUGAGUCUGAAUCAAGUUGUUUGUGAAUGUCGCAGGAGGUCUGACGAGUGGUGGAUUACACCACUGAAUAACCGAAACCCGGUGUUUUUUUUUUUUUUGUUUUUUUUUAAUGAGUCUGGUAUUAUGCAAGAAGGCCUUCAUCAUAUCUGUUCAAAACGGUGUCACUAGUGUGUAGAUAUCUAAUGUUGUGGAUUCCAAAUAUAGGACAUAAGCAAUAAAAUCUGCUGUGAAGAA